AAAGAAUCAGAGAUGUACAUGACAGGGGAAAUGUUUUUGUGAUGUAAAUAAGGUCUGAAGUGCUUGCGAUUGAAAUAUGUCAACAUUGGGAUAUGAAUAAAACAACGUCGUUGUCAGUCAAAUAAUAUAGCUGUAGACAUGACUGACCCUUCAAGUGAAGAUGAUGGUGUCUUGAGAGAAUGGGCACCAUUAGAAGAUUUGCUACAGCAGAUACCCUUGAAGGCACAACGUGGUUUGUUCACACAUGAGCUAAGCUUAACCUGUGUGGAUAUUUUGCCUGAAUACAUAGCAGUUGGAACUAAUCUUGGCUUAGUAUACUGGUAUGGUCGGCGUAACCGUGAUUUGCAGAGGUUACGCUGUGAGAACACAGCUGCUUCUGUGACAUGUGUGAAAGUAAUAUCAACAGUUGACUAUAUGGUGGCAGCAGGUAAUGACCAGGGAAGUGUAACAGUAUUCCAGAUUCCAAAGAGCCCUCCAGAUAAUUUACCUGAAAGUAUGAAACCUAAAAGAAACAAACAAGUUGAGAGGUACACCAUUAGUGGUCUCCAUACAUCAGCUGUUACUGCCAUUGAGUGGAGCAUGAAUGGAAUGAAGCUUUUUAGUGGAGACAAAAAUGGUCUAGUUGUUCUAACAGAAAUAGAUUUUUACAUGCAUUUAAGCAAAUCAGUUGAACUACUGAAUGAGAAGUAUGAAAUCGUGCAGCUUAGCUACAGUCAGCAGCUAUUACUCGUUUCAACAUUGUAUCGCAGCAUCCUCUGCCACCGUGAUGACCGCUGGAAGGUGGUACAAGUUGGACAAAAAGAAAGAAAAAUGCUUGGUCAUCUAGGUGCAACAUUAUCUCCAGGUACCGGCAGACCUCAGGAUCUGAUCAUUUAUGCCAGUCGGCCUGGUCUUCGUAUUUGGCUUGCAGACAGAAAUGGUGUAGUCCAGCAGACACUCAUAUACAAGGAUGCACUUUCUGACCAUCACCCAGAAGUGCCACUUAUUAACCCUCUACCAGAACGUUUGAGGACUGUUCGUGGAGAUCCUCAGUUUGGGCCUGUCAGGCAGUUUCAUGGGAAUCUGCUUGUUACAUAUAGUCCUGACUCUAUAUACAUUCUCGAUCCAUCUAAUAUCUCUGUUGUCGGAACUGUGUCGGGCCUUCGGGGUGUACUUGAUGUGUCUGUUUCAAGAGAUGAGAUUUUUGUGCUAGAAGGUGGUCGAAGUUUGAUUCGUUUGGCAUAUGGACCUGAAGCACCUCCAGCGCCAUCAGAAUUGCAAGGAUACAGACAGGAAAAUCAGCAGGAUCCCACAUUUAUGUCUAUACCUGUAUCACUGACAGACAACACUGUAACACUGACAUUGCGUGGAUUCACUUCAAAAUUCAAAGGAAGCACAAUUGUUCCGGCUAUACCAUUCAAUAAAUUUGGAUUAUUCAACAGAUUUGAUGGAAGUAAUGAGCCCAUUGAGCAUGAAGACAUUAACCCUAUUAUUACAGCAGACGAGGCCAUGGAACUUCCUCCCAUCAUUGCUAUGCCAACUGAUGACUUGGUGGAACUUAAUGUGGAGAGAAAACCUUUACAUUCAGAAAGUUCAAAAAUUGACGAGAACAAAAUUUACAAGGAAUAUUUCAACAGGGCUCAGAGAGGAAGUCUGAACAAUCACAGAGGAUCAAAUGUUUCGUUAGACAGCUCAAGAGCUGAGAUACUUGAGAAAAUUGGGGAACAACAGUUUGAAGACAUCCUUUUCAAACCAAAACAUGGAAAGAACAAAUCAAGAAAAGUGGCCAAAAAUAAACACCUAUCAGGACUGGAAUCUGGAUCUGACUCUAUGAGCACAAGUACUAACAGCAUCCGUUCAGUUAAUUCUGACAGUGAAGAGGCUGGUAGCAGUGAACAAGUUAGUGGCAGUACUGACUGCGCCAGUACACCAACCAGGUGUAUUGACCCUAGUUCCUCGGAAGAUACUCUUGUGAGACUCAGUGAUUGUGUUGUAAGUGAAAAGACAGAAGUUGUGAAUGUAAAUGGUUUGAUCUCUGACAGUAGCAGGAAACUUGGGGAAAUCACUUUAAGCCAUAAUUCAGAAGAGAAAGACUGCAUAAUACCCCACAUUAAGCCUGAUUUGAGAAGUCCUGGUUCAAUAGAACGAGAUGUUGCAGAUAAAGAAAAGCGUCUUGCAAAGUUUCUUAACUUAGAUACUUUAUACAAAGAUGUUUCAGCUGAUCCAGAAGGUCCUGUAGCAAAUGGUGAGCUUCCUGAAUGUGUGACAAAUGAAAACUCAAACAAGGAUUUAGAAAGUCCUAAGCCACAAGAAGAUGCCUGCCAUGAUGUGAUUGCAGAUUAUAAGUGCCCUACAGAUUAUACUAGUAAUUCCACUAAAGACUGUGAAUAUUCAAAUUCAGUAGAAGUUUCUGAUGAGAAACUUUCAUCUUACAAUAGUGUACUGAGUUAUGGACCACCUUCAGGCAGCAGUGCACCCCCUAGUGUCCACACUUCACUGGAUACUUAUUCACCUGGCCAACAAAGUGAUACUGUAGUAAAUGAAAUAUCACCAAUUGAACGUGGGGACAAGUGGGUUCAGUUCAAAACUCCCUGCCCCAUCACCUCACUGUCCGUCUGUUCUCAUUAUGUUUGUUGUAUUGAUUCAAGAGAUUUUGUAUUCUUCAGCAAUUUUAGCCGUUUGGGAUUGAAGUGGCAGAAGCUUGAUAAUAAAGCUAGACAGGUUGUCAUGUCACAGAAUGGAGACUUGGUGUGGAAACUGUACAAAAAUACAGCCUAUGCUCUCAAACAGCCAUCUUAUAAAGGUCCCUUUGGUACUCAGUGGUUAGAAGCUGCUAAAGAUGUGCAGUGUAUAGCUGUGAGUGAGUCAGCAGCAUGGACCGUCUCUCUUGAUGGCAGAGUGUACAUCCAUAAAUAUGUAACAAGAGAAAGGCCUUUCAGUACACCAGAGCAGGUUCCUUGUGUGUACAUGGCAACUCGUAUAUGUUGCUUCAGAGAGAGAGUAUGGAUUCUUACCACAACAGGAGAAGUUCUCUGGAGAUCUCAUAUUUGUGAGAAAACCCCUGAGGGAAGAAAAUGGAAUAAAGUUGAAGUACAUAAUGUUGUAGACAUAGCUCUUGGGUGCCAUGAGACUGGUUGGCUCAUAGACUCAAAAAAUACAAUACUAUUUUCAGAUGACUUCACUGAACCAAAACCUUCAUGGUGGCAGGUUUUAGUGAGUGACUAUGUUUUCCAAGAGACGACACCACUGGAACAGUUCCGAAACAAAUUGACUGAUAAUUAUCUUUGCAAUCUUCGGCCUCAGUGUACUGUAAUUGUGGCAUGUGGUGAAGACACAUUAUGGAUAUCGGAAAAAAUGGCUACUUAUGUGUAUAUGAACAAGACAGAAUUCACAGGUCAUCAGUGGAAUGGAGUGAAUGUGAGGUUAUUGUACCCAGCUAUUAAAUGGCAGAUGGUCAGUGCUGAAGGCAUACAUGAGGAUAAAGGCCAGUUGUGGUUGUUCUCACGGGAUGGCAAUCUUUAUUGCUCAUCACCAGAUCUGCAUAACUUGCAGCCUGUGGAGUUGCCAAGUACUUCUCAAGUGGUGUGCCUUGCUGCCACACUGCGGGCAGCCUGGCUACUUACUGCUCAAGGGGAAGUCUUUAUUCGACAGGGGCUCAGUGAUACUUGCCAUAAUGGAUAUAAUUGGAAACGACUUGAUUUAUCACAAAUAGAUAAUGUUCGGUUCACUCAUGUGUCUUGUGGACGAGAUGUCAUCUGGGCGUGUGAUGCACAAGGAGAUAUUUAUAUGGCAUUUGGAAUUCCUCAAUCUGUUUCAAGUUCCACGUUCUCUCCUGCGUGGAUACCAACGGAUGAAAGAACUCAUACCAAGAUUCAUUUUGUCAAAGUAUACGUUGGACCUGUAGCAGACAUGGUGUGGGCAAUUGAUGUCAGGAGGAAAGUAUACAUUAGAAAAGACAUACUACCAGAUUUUCCUCUUGGCAGUGGUUGGGUGCUGGUCUCUGGAAUUGAUGCUGUUGCACUGAGUAUCAGUGGGACUGCUGUUUGGGCAUUGGAUCCAGGAGGCAGUGUGUACAGGCGGUAUGGCAUAUCACCUUCCAAUUAUGUUGGUGAUUACUGGAAAAGGAUACCUGGAGUUGUGAGUGCUCUUACAGCUACUGUGAAUGACGAUCUGUGGGCUAUUGAGAAGAAGGGGUCUCUUUUGAGGCAUCGACCAAAGACUGUAAAACUGUCAUUACAGCCACAAGAAUCAAAGAGUCAGGACUCUCAGGUGGCACCAGAUGAGGACUGGGAAGUCAUAUGACAAAAAAAGAGUGGCACUCUUAAUGCCAUUACACAGUAAUCAAACUUUCCUGAUGGAAAUGACUUUUGAAGCUGCAUCAGCUGGAUAUGGAUAUGUUCACAUAUUGUGUAUGUUUAAAUUUGUUGAGUUCCAUAACAGAAUGUAAAUUCUGUCAUGUUUUAUUUACAUUACAUUUUUGUAAGCCAGUGUAUAGCUAUUUGUUCUUUAUAUCCAUGUCAUACUUUUAAGACUAUGUUACCUUUACAUUGAUAUUAGAAUGAAGCUAAGUUGAGAUUUUCAUGAUGAUGUGUGUAUUUCACAGCAUUUUCUUUGUCACACCUUCUUUCUUCUUUGUCUGAACACAUUGUUCAGAUUAUAUUAGGGAUGAAACUAUUCCCUACUGAAUUACUCUCUCUUUUUGUGCAGUGAUGUCUGUAUUUUCCUUCCAACUUGUCUAUAAUGAAUUUUGAGCCAAAGAAGUACAAUAGGUGGCAGUUUGUUUUAAAAUCUUGUGAAGUGUUAUAUUUUUAACAGUUAACUAAAACAUUUUGUGAGUAAAAUAUUUCAAAAUAUAUAAGCUAUGCCACCUGUAGUUUACAAAAAAAAAAUCCUUUCUGUACACAAUAAAGAUGAUGACUGGUAUUUUUUUAAAUAAAUAUUUGUGAUGGAAUCAGUUUUCAUCAGAAGCCAACUUAAUAACUGUGAUGCAAAAUAAAAUAAUUGGUGCAUUUAAUGAACUGUUACUAUUAUCUAAAUGUUAAGUGUGUGUUGUAAUUAUAUUGAACUACCACAGUAUGGAUACUAUUCUAUCAUAGACACAUUUUUUAUUAUUUUUCACAGCAUUUACAGCAAAUCUUUGCAUGUCAUGUGUUUCAUUUAAUAAACCUACAGUUUCUUUUUAUGGAUGUAGUUCGAAUCACCACAUAUAUAUAUAUUGAUAUGUAACAAAAGAAAAAAAUUUAUAUUCAAGUAUGUAGAAUUGUGUAACAGAUUUACUUCGUGUAACAUUCUUAUAGCACAAUUCUGUGACCAUUAUACAUGAAUGAAAAAGAUGUAUAAGCUUUUGUUGCAAGAUUUGUGUGUGUGUGUGUGUGUGUAUGUGUAUUAUAGAUUUUUAUUUGUGAUUACGUAUGAAGUAGUUAUCUAACAAGAAGUCAUCAUGAUAGUUCCCUUUCCUUCAAGAUGUUGAUUUAGAACUUCCAGUUAUUUGUUGUUGAUAUUUAGUUAGUAGUUCAGAGAAGAAACUCUGCCAUUCAUUAGAAGUCAUUGAAAAAUUUAUCAAUCUCUGCAUUAUGUGAAUUAGAUCUUUGUAAACUCACAGUAGUUUUUGUAGUAUUUUGAUUUUCACAGCUGUCAUAUUUCUGUUCAUAAAUAUCUGUGUACUGUAAAUUACACAUCUGGAGCUAUUCAUUUUCAGUGCAGUGAAUGACUUAGUUAGAUUUUUGGAACUCAGAACUGUCUUACUGAGAUUCUAUCAAAGUUAAUCUCUUGUCUUAGCUAAAUUCUGUACAUCAAAUUCUGUUAAUUACUGAUACUUUUGAUUUGAAAACCCACCAGUAUCAUAAAUGAGGCUCUAAUGCAAAUUUCAGAUCUGCUUGCACAAGUAUAUAGAUAGAAAUCGUCCACCACAGUCAGCAAAUAUUCUUGCACUGUUAUCUGUUCUCACUUAUGUGGUUUGUAAUCUUAGCUGCAUAACAUAAUUACCCCUCUGCCUGACAUGGCCUUCUGUGAAGGUGGGCAAAAUUGAAUUGUUGCCAUCUUAAAAGGGACUGUUAACAGCUGCUUCAUCGCAUAAGAACUGAUUUAGCCCUUUGUUAUAAGUUCUUGAAAUUUAAAAGGUUUAGUUGUAAAGACAAAUUGGCUUGUUUGGUAACCUCUUGUGAUUCUUCUGCCAAAGUGUUUCACCUUUUUGUGAUCUGUUGCAUACUUUAGUUUUUACAUUCGUAAUAUGAAACAACUGUUCCUAAUUAGAAUAAGUUUGAUAUCUCUUAAUGUAUAAUUUGUCUAAUUUCACACCCUAGAAGGUUCUCAUCUACAACAGGGUGUAUGGAACACAGUGAAGUACAGAGAACAUGUUUUAUAUUUAACCAAAGUUUUUUUAUUUCAUUCCAAUAGCAACACAUUCAUGUUUGUAUCACCUAUGAAAGAAAACUCUUCGACAAUGCUGUCCACUUUCCUCUGUGAUGCAUUUCUGUUUUUACAGCUGUUCAGUAAGGAUGGCAUUUUGAAAGAUAAAUGUCGUCUCUGUGCUAUAAUUGUUUCAGUCUCUCUAGUGGAUGGCAUGGCAUUCUCAUAUAAAAUAUUAUGUCAUUAUA